AUGGACGAAAUGCCCGCAACUGAGCCUUACGAGCCGUACCAGCACGCGGUCCCCUCACAUUCAGACGCGACCUCCGCUACGAACUCGAUUCCACCCAAGCUCGCGCAGGUUCUACCCAGGCUUCGCACUCCAGGUAUUACACCCACGUGGAUCACAGACUCUCUCGUCCCUAUGAUUAAGCUCGCGUAUGGCUCUAACCUCACGCAAACCGAAUUCGAUGACGGGACAUGGUCCGAAGUCAUCGAAAAAACAGACUUACUAAUCCAAGCAAUGGAUCGAGCAAACGUUGAUGAUUCCUUUAUACAAACCUACUAUGAGGCAUUGAGAACGAGGAACAGAGAUUUCAAUGAAGAUAUGAUAACAAUAGAAGGAGCUAGCAAAGAUAGUAAUCGCGAAUUCUGCGAGAUCCUGGCGGACAAAGGGGGAGAUUUCGCGAUUGCUAUGCUUAUGGUAUUGAGGACUAUGGAGAAUGUGGCGGAUGGUGAUGGGAGUAACGAGACAGAGUCGAGUGAAGAAACAGGUGGGGAAGAGGGGAAGAGUAAAACGGAAGGGACCAGUGGUACGAAAGAUGAUACUGCACAUAAUAGCGGGGAUGCUACUGAAGUCAUGGGAGAAAGCACUAAUAGCAGCAAGAGGGGAAGAAAGAAGAGAAAAGUGGCGAAAGGACUGGGUGGUUCAAGAGCUAUUUGA